UUGUUUCAAACAUGGCGGAGAAAACAGAAAAGAUCUAUGAGUGUCCUCCAGAAAAUGAACCUUAUUUUCACAAAGAAAGAUUAAAGUACAGUCCAGAAGAAGAGGCCAGGCUGGAAAGAGAGCACUUUUGGAGAAUUGUCGAUGCUUUUAGAUAUUACAGGAUCCAUGUCCAGGAGAUGGUCAAACGAGCUGAGCAGCAGUUUUUGAGUUUACCAAAGGAUCACCAAGCCCUGCUACCUGAUGUUCUGACGAAUUUGACUCGUGUCAGCGAAUGUGCCAACUCUAAUGAUGAAGUGCUGCAAGAGAUUGUGAACAACAGUAUCCACAUGUUUGAAAAUAUUGAAUAUGGAGAAAGGGAAGACCCAAGGAGACGUCCGACCUCUACAUUUGACAUGGACAAACUUAAAUCGACAAUCAAGCAGUUUGUCAGAGACUGGAGUGAAAGUGGACAGGCCGAAAGGGACUCCUGUUACCAGCCCAUUAUUCAAGAGAUCCAAAGACAGUUCCCAAAUGACAGAUAUGACAUGUCUAUGGUUAGUGUCCUGGUCCCAGGAGCAGGGCUUGGUCGUCUGGCCUGGGAGAUUGCCCGUCUGGGAUAUAUCUGUCAGGGAAAUGAAUGGAGCUUCUACAUGCUCUUCUCUUCUAACUUUGUUUUGAAUAGGUGUGAAAAGGUGAACUCUCUGACCCUGUACCCCUGGAUCCACCAGUUUAGCAACAAUAAGAAAUCGUCUGACCAGACAAGACCAAUCCAAUUCCCCGACGUUAACCCUCAAAGCCUGCCUCCAAGCUCAGACUUCUCCAUGGUUGCAGGUGACUUUGUAGAAGUCUACACAGAGCCAGAUUCCUGGGACUGUGUGGCAACCUGUUUCUUUAUUGACACAGCUCAUAAUGUAAUUGAGUAUAUUGAAACAAUUUGGAAGAUUCUUAAGCCUGGUGGGGUAUGGAUCAAUUUAGGUCCUCUCCUGUACCACUUUGAGAACAUGGCCAAUGAACUGUCAGUGGAACUGAGCUAUGAAGACAUCAAAGCAGCAAUAAUUAGAUUUGGCUUUCAGAUAGAGGUAGAAAAGGAGUCAGUCCCAACAACGUACACAGAAAAUGACCGCUCCAUGCUGCGAUAUGUUUACGACUGUGUCUUUUUUGUGGCACGGAAACCUGAGGAAAAACGUAAUGGAUUUAAAGAACAGGGUUUUCCACCAGCUGCUAAGGCUGCGCGACGAGAGGAGAUAAACAGCUUGACAUGACUUGUGGACAUUUGGUGGACAUUGCUAACUAAGUAAAAUGACUGAAGAUCCCAUAGAAACUGCUCUACAUGCCCUAAUGUCAUGAAAUUGUAUUGACCUCUUUAUAACAUAUGAAGUACAAGCAAAAUAAGGAAGAAAUGUCUUUUGGAGAAAAUGUCAAAGAUUCAAAUCAAGAAUGAAACUUUGCGUUUCAUUUACAUCUUUGACAGUGACUUUUAGCAGCCUACCCAAGAGGUAAUUCUCAACGUUGUGGGUUGUGUGUUGGUGUUCUGAUGUGGUGCCAAUAUCUUUUAUUUGCAUUCAAAUAUGUUUGUAAUAUUGUUG